AUGUCCCGCAGAAGUUCUGUCCCGAUCCCAGCUCCAGCAGAAACUGUUGGUUCUGGCUCCAGUGCGAACAACAAAGAUCCAGCCCAGGAUAAACAGAAAAUGCUUCUCUCCACAGAUACAGGGCAUUUUAGUAUGAUCAGGGCCCUUCACCUGGCCGAUCUGAUUACUGAAUUAAAUGGUAAGAGUGUUGCUUUCCUGAUUCUGCGGAGGCAAGUUGUAUCUAUGUGUCUCUUCUUGAGAGUUCCUCGACUCAUAUCCUACUGUGUAGUAAUGUCGAUAUUCUCCUCAAUGCGAUACUGCCUUGGGGAACCAGAUCAGUUUGGGGCAUUAUGGAUCGCACUAGCAUUCAUGCCGUUUGGGCUGUUCUUCGACUUCAUGGACGGCAAAGUCGCCAGAUGGAGAAGAAAGUCGUCGCUCAUGGGCCAGGAGCUUGACUCUUUAGCUGACUUGAUCUCGUUCGGUGUCGCACCCGCCGCACCGCCUUCGCGAUUGGAAUCCGCACCCCUCUUGACCACAUCAUACUCUCCUUCUUGGUGCUCUGCGGCCUCACUCGCCUCGCCCCGAUUCAACGUUACCGUUGCCACCCUUCCCAAGGAUAAAACGGGGAAAUCGCAUUACUUUGAAGGAACUCCCAUCCCGACCACUUUGUCCAUCGCAGCAUUGAUGGCGUACUGGGUGUCGAAAGGCUGGGUUCUCGAAGACAUACCCCUCGGCGUAGUAGCACGCGGAACCGCGUUCGAGUUCCACCCGGUGGCUGGCUUGUUUGCCCUAUGGGGCUGUCUGAUGAUUAGCAAGACGCUGCAUAUCCCUAAGCCGUGA